CGGUCCGCAGCGCGCCUGCGCACAGCCGAGACUCCUGACAGGAGGCGGUUAGUUUUUGGGGCCCAGCUCGGUAACCCGGGUAACCCCCCGCCUGAGCUCCGCGCCCACCACCGCCCUCCCCUCCACCAGCGAUGGCGGCGUCAGGUCCCACCAAGAUCGCCUGGAAACUCCAGGAAUUUGUGGCUCAUGCCAGUAAUGUCACGUGUCUGGUGCUGGGGAAGCAUUCAGGCAGACUCUUAGCUACCGGUGGAGAUGAUUGUCGGGUCAAUCUGUGGUCGGUCAGCAAACCCAACUGUAUCAUGAGUCUGACCGGCCACAAUACUCCAGUGGAGUGUAUACAAUUCAAGGACACUGAGGAGCUGGUUGUUGCAGGCUCACAGUCUGGAUCAUUAAGAAUAUGGGAUUUGGAAGCAGCCAAAAUUCUUCGGACAUUAUCAGGACACAAAGCUAACGUCUGCAGUUUAGACUUCCAUCCUUAUGGCGAGUUUGUGGCAUCUGGUUCAAUGGACACCAAUAUAAAGCUAUGGGACAUUCGACGAAAAGGCUGCGUAAUGACAUACAAGGGCCAGUCAAAUGCUGUCCGGUGUUUAAGGUUUAGUCCUGAUGGACGGUGGAUAGCCUCUGCUGGGGAUGAUGGCAUUGUGAAGCUAUGGGAUCUCUCAGCCGCAAAGGUUCUAACAGAGUUCAGAGAACACACCGGACCAGUAAACAUUGUGGAGUUUCACCCCAACGAGUAUCUUCUGGCUUCAGGCAGUUCGGACAGGACAAUAAAGUUCUGGGAUCUGGAAAAGUUUAAGAUGGUGAGCUGCACCGAGGUGGAGAACUCUCCUAUCAGGUGUAUUUUAUUCAGCAUGGAUGGCUGCUGUUUGUACAGCGGUUCCCAGGACUCGCUCCACGUUUAUGGCUGGGAACCCCCUCGUUGUUUCGAUGUUGUGCCAGUAAACUGGAGUAAAGUGUCUGACCUCAGCACCUGCUCCAACCAGUUGAUCGGUGCCUCCUGCAGUCAGAUGACUGUCUCAACAUUCGUGGUGGACCUGAAUCGUGUGAAAAAGUCAGGUUCCAUAGUCCAGGGUGAGAUCGAAGAUGAGAAACUGUUCAAUCUGUUGACACCGAAAGGAGCUGCUCUCAGACGCAACUAUGAACGGCCACUGACUACCUGCAGCAGACCGCAAAGCAAAGUGAAAGAGGAGCCAGAGAGUGAGCAGCGCAGCCCCAGCGGGGAAGAGGACAAGGAUGAUAAGGAGUCGACAGCGGAGAUUCGAAAUCCUGAGGAGUACAAAGAGAUUUUUCAGCCAAAGAGUGCCAUUGCUCGGACCCCACCUCGGAGAAACGAUCCCUUCCCUGCUCCCCCGGAAGAUGAUAAUGUUCCACUUUUGAAGGAAGUUGAGAAAGUCAACCCUGCAUCAGAAAUGCAAUCUGCUGCCAUGAAAAGAGCCCAGCCAGAUCAGCUGAAUUUACUUCCAGUAGCUUCAUCCACCCCCAUCAACCGGGUCGCAGAACCCAUAAUCCCACUCGCUAAAAAUGAGCCCAUUGGAUUGAAGGUGGCAGACUUUCUCCCACCUCAGAAGAACAACAAGUUGGCGGAUUUGACUGAUGAGGAUGCUGUCAGCCAGAUCCGAAAAGGACACGACACAAUGUGUGUGAUAUUAACAAGCCGCUUCAAGAACCUAGACAUGGUGAGAGCCAUGUGGACCACUGGAGAUGUCAAGACCUCCAUUGACUCGGCUGUAACGAUGAAUGAUUUAGCAGUCAUGGUGGACAUCUUGAACAUAAUUAAUCUCAAACCGGCCUUGUGGAAGCUGGACCUCUGCUCUUCCAUUAUUCCUCAGAUCGAGAAACUGUUGCAGAGCAAGUAUGAGAGCUACGUACAGACAGGUUGUAUGUCCCUCAAAUUGAUCUUGCAACGAUUUGGACCCCUGAUAGCAGAUAACCUGGUUACACCACCAUCCAUUGGCGUGGACAUAACUCGAGAGGAGAGGCAGCACAAAUGUAAACUCUGCUACAAACAGUUAAAGAACCUUGUUCCAAUUCUUCAGAGUAAAGCAGGGCUGGCUGGGCGCCAGGGCAGUGCCUUUCGUGAACUGCAGCUUCUCAUGGCGUCUUUUGAAUGACUUUUGCGGACAUAUACCUGGAGCCAGUUGAACACUCCAGUAUGCGUGUGUGUGAGGGGAGAGAAUCACUUGCCUCUUGCUGAUGGGUGGGUAUCCUGACAGACACUGCCUCUGACCGCUCCAGAGUCCCAUCAUCUUCUCUUGCAAUGGAUCAGUUUGUUUUUUGUGUUUUUUUUUACCAAAAUUUAGUUUUCGAAUGUAAGUUGUGCUUUGAGGCUUUAUUUUGUAAUUAAUACUGCAGCUCGCAAGCAAUCUCAGUAUUGAUGAACUGCUAGUUCCUUAAUUAAUUAAACCAGACCGAGGUAUCUGGGGAACUCCUGACUGUCAAUCCCAGCAGCUCUUAACAGUCUUCAGGGGAAAGACUUCGGCGACACUUGUUGCAGUGUUAAUGCGUUGACUUAUUUUAAGUCCUUUCGUUCUUUGCAAUUCAUGCAUUGAGAUUAAAAUAUCGGAUGAGUUUGAAAGUUCUUGUGAAUGUAAUUGGUCAGUUAGCAUUUUUUUCAUAUAAAACUGACUCUUGAAGCCAGUCAGGUUGUGUGAGUGAAUGUGUGGGGUGGGGAGCAGGUACUGCUGAUCCUCGUUCAGGGCUGUGUCGAUCAAUCACAUUUGCUCCUUAAUUCAUCAACUUGUAUGCAACGGAAACAAGUUGGGUUAAUUUAAAGUGACGUUAGAGAAGAAUGUCUUUGCAGGGUGAGACAUGUGUAAAUGACACAUUGCGUAGAGUGAGAUCUACUCUUUAAAAAGGUAGAUAAAAGGCCUGUGUGUGUGUGUGUGCAGGCGAGUUCCUUGAAACAAAUGAUGCCUGACUAAUGGAGUGUGAUAAGCAGCUGCUGUGUGAGUACUAUAUAGUUAUUCUGCGUGAUGUCUAGGCGUGACCUCUCACUUCCCCGCUGGCUGCCAGGCCUGCUUGAGGGUGUGAUCGACAGAAUGCAGCUAUUCCACUGCUGUGACACGGACCUGAUGUGCAACCUAACAUUGUGCCAAGAGAAAGUAACCCUUUUUCAUAUCCCAAACAGUACAUUCCAGUCAGAAUUCAAGAAGCUUAGUUUCAUUGGAGGAAGAUUUACUUUUUUAGAAUUGUAGAAUUCACCUCCAAUGCUAUGGAAUAUGUCCUUUCAGCUAAGUGACUUAUCAACUUCAACGCUUCAAAUACAGGGAACUUUAAGGGGAGAACCAAUUCUCUUUGACUCAGAUGUCAUCAGAGAGAUAAAAUUCUCUUUAAUGACUCAGAUAACAGUCAGCAUUGCUGUGAAUUAACCCAACUCGGAGAGUAGACCUUCAACCAAGCUGCUUUAAUACAUCCGACUAUCGGAUACUUCAUUAAGUGUUGGAAAGUUCAACGAGCAGAGUGGUGGACGAUAUAAAAUGCUUGGAGGCCUUAUCACAGUUCAUUCCAGGAUGUGCAUUGGUUCUGCACAAAGUGACUCCAGGCGCAGGCUGGAGCCUGAGCAGGACGGGGUGCUGGCUUGCACCCGCAGCACGUGGACACUGCUGCUUGACAUUCCAGAGCUGUGCUGAAUUCUGUUCGGUUCCGUUGUACAUUUAAACUUCAGGUUGUGUUGUGUAGAGAUGCUGUGAUUUCAGAAAAUGUUAUUUUCUAUGUGUACAUAUGAAUUUUCUAGACUUCACAAUAAACAUUUUGGCAAAUUUGGAAGAACCUAAAUUGGCCACGUGCGGUCUCUGCCUCACAAUAGCACCAAGUCUCUCCCUGCCUGUGUGCACCUGCACUGAUUAAAUAACUACUAACUUCCACUACUUUAUUGACCUUUAUGUUCAGUUUAUCAGCGAAUACACAGAGACUGCCUCUACCCCAACCCUCACUGCAGUUUUGUCUUAAGAGCAGCAGACAAAAGGCACUCUG